UUGGUAUCAACCUAACAGAUCCUAUGUUCAGAGGAAUUUAUAGGGGAGUGCAGAAGCAUCAUGAUGACCUACAAGAUGUAAUAGAGAGAGCUAUCCAGAUUGGUGUUGAAAAGUUUAUGAUCACAGGUGGAAGCCUACAAGACAGUAAAGAUGCACUGCAGUUGGCACAAACAAAUGAUAUGUUUUUCAGUACAGUCGGGUGCCAUCCCACGCGGUGCGAUGAGUUUGAAAAGCAUGGCCCUGACCGUUACGUAGCAGGACUGCUGAGCCUCGCUGAGAACAACAAGGGCAGAGUGGUAGCCAUAGGGGAGUGUGGGCUUGAUUUUGACCGACUUCAGUUUUGUCCCAAAGAUACUCAGCUCAAAUAUUUUGAAAAACAAUUUGAACUGUCAGAACAAACACAAUUACCAAUGUUUCUUCAUUGUCGAAACUCACAUGCUGAGUUCUUGGAUAUUAUGAGAAGAAAUAGAGAUCGGUGUGUGGGUGGAGUGGUACAUUCAUUUGAUGGUACGAAGGAAGCAGCAGCUGCUUUGAUUGACUUGGACCUUUAUAUAGGAUUUAAUGGUUGCUCACUCAAAACUGAAGCUAACUUGGAGGUUCUGAAAUCAAUACCUAGUGAAAAACUAAUGAUUGAGACAGAUGCACCUUGGUGUGGAGUUAAAAGUACACAUGCUGGGUCAAAAUACAUAAAAACUUCAUUUCCUACCAAAAAGAAAUGGGAAAAAGGGUACUGCUUAAAAGACAGAAAUGAGCCCUGCCAUAUAAUUCAAAUAUUGGAGAUAAUGUCAGCAGUAAGAGAAGAAGAUCCACUGGAAUUAGCCAACACGCUAUAUAACAACACCAUUAAAAUAUUUUUUUCCUGAUACUUGAUUUGUGUUUUCUUUUUAUGAUGUGGAAUUUCACA